GGAGCCUCUGGCUGCGCAGAAGUGUCGCGGUUUGGGGGUUUUCCAGCAAACUGCCUGAUAGCACGGAUGUGAAUGGAUUUAGUGAGUAAAGGAGUUGCUGCUGCUUCUAGGAGCCAAAUUCCACCAUUCUCUGGAGGAAAGAAGCCUCUCCAACAGGAGUGGACUUCUGAAUCAUGGGCAAUCCAUAAUUCCCACCCACCAGUGGUUCCACGACUUGAUUUGGGAAGUCUUGUUGACUCUGAUGAUGAGGAUGACUUUUCACGUAUUCCUCUUAGUGCAGCACAGAUACAUUUUAAGCCACCAAAUUCAUUGUCUACCCUUGGCUGGGUCACACCACGUCAGACACCAUGCACUCAGCAUCGUCUACAGGAACUGGAGCAGGAUGUAAAACCUGAAAACUUGCCAGCACCAACAAGCAAAUAUAAACUAAAAUACCAGCAGUAUGAAAAUGAAAUGCGAGAUGGAUAUAAACAGAUUAGCCAGAGAAAUGCAGAAAAGACAAUAUCAAAUACUGCUCAUCAACAAUCCCCAGGAAAUAAGAUAGAUGAAAAGUGUGUACAAGGUGAAGAAGCCGACACAGACGACCUCACAACUAUGGACAGGAAAGUCCUCUUACAGCAGGGCUACAUGUACCCUUACAGUACUCAACAGAGUACAAGAAAAUUGGAUGCAGAAAUUGUGGCUGCAGAGAAGAAAAAGCAGGCAGUUGCAGAGCAGGUGAUGAUAGACCACUUGUCUAGGGCUGUAAUCAGUGAUCCAGAACAAAAUUUAACCAUUGAGAAGAAAGAAAAUGCUUAUAUCCUUCCAGAUUCAAAGAUCUCCCCUCCUGGAUGUAGGACAAGGACGCUGCAUGAGACAAAGAUAAAAACCCAUUCUACAUUAACUGAAAAUGUGCUUUCUCAUAAAGUACAAUUUGAUGGUAGGAUCAUAUCAAGAAAUGGACGCGAUGCUUGUAGAGAGCUGAUCGGGUUCUUUUUUACUUAUGACCAAUCCCUUACAGUUUAUGAAUACCGACAAUUUGGGAAAAACAGAACAAAUGUACUGCCUUUUAUUCAAAAAAGCAUUUAUAGUCAUCAGUGUGGACGAAGAAAAGGAAAACAGUACCAGCUUGGUGAUUUUUAUGUUGGUGCAAGCUUGACAUUUUUGAGUUCUGGUAAUCCCAGCCUUCCAGAAAGCAUUAAAGCAAACACAUUACUUAUACUCCGGAUCACAAAUAUUGAUCAAACAGCUUUGUAUUCUUUCAAAACUGCUUCUGUAGAACAGGAAGAAGCCAACGAUAGGCUGGUCAUCAAAGCCAUUCAAGAUGUGCUAAAAGAAAAACUACAGAAAAGAGGAGUUCGAAUUUUGACUGGAUUGGGAAAAUACUUUAAACAAUUGGAUAAGGAAGGAAAUGGACUUUUAGAUAAGGCAGAUUUUCAGCAAGCUCUAAAAGUAUUUCACUUAGAAGUGUCUGAAAAGGAUUUUGAGUCUUUAUGGUUAAUUCUGAAUGUCCAUGGUAAUGGCAAUGGCAGAGUUGAUUAUGGAGAAUUUAAACGUGUCCUUUUUGGUGAAAUGAAUGAAUACAGGAAAUCAUUUGUUCGAAAGGCCUUUAUGAAACUAGACUUCAACAAAACUGGAAGUGUGCCUUUGAUAGUCAUAAGAAAAUGUUAUUGUGCAAAGAAGCAUUCCCAAGUACUUUCAGGCCAUUCCACAGAGGAAGAAAUCAAAUCAUCUUUUCUAGAAACAUUGAGACAUGCCUGCAGCAAACCUGAUGAAGUGUCAUAUGGGGAAUUUGAAGAUUACUACGAAGGUUUAAGUAUUGGGAUAGGAGCUGAUGAAGAUUUUGUUAACAUCUUACGUACUCCGUGGGGGAUUUAG